AUGGAAAACUACAACGCCAAGUCAGAAAAGCUUAAGACCAAGAUCUCCACUCAGGCAGUGGAGGUCAUCUCUCUAUCUGAGUCUGAACAAAAACCUCAAGGUAGAUUCAUUUCGGAUGGACACACGGUGCGUAAACUGCGUCGUCGUCACAUCGACCUGAUCAGUGUCGGUGGAUCCAUCGGUACUGCGCUUUUCGUUACCAUUGGUUGGGCCUUGGCCACUGCUGGUCCAGGUAACCUUUUGGUGGCAUUUAUUCUCCAUGCAUUCUUAAUGUAUGUCGUCACCAUCACCAUCGGUGAGCUUGUCUGCUAUCUUCCUGUUGAUUCUCCAUUUAUCACACACGCUGGUCGUUUUGUUGAUCCUGCUUUGGAGGUUGCUUUCGGUUACAACUUCUAUUUAAUGAUGGCUCUCUAUGUGCCUUUCGAGCUCACUUCUGUGAACAACAUGAUUCACUACUGGACGGAGGACUACUCCCCAGCAGCUACUCUGGUUCCAAUGAUUGCUGUCUACAUCAUUUUGAACGUGUUUGCAGUCAAAUGGUAUGGAGAAUCCGAGUUCAUCCUUUCAUCUGGAAAAAUUAUCUUGGCUACUGGUUUGAUGUUCUACACUUUCAUCACCAUGUUGGGAGGAAACCCUCAGCAUGACAGAUACGGUUUCAGAAAUUUCGGAAGUUAUGAGAACGCAUUCCCAAAAUAUCUCGGAACAGGUGCCAGUGCUUUCUGGUCUGCUUACUGUAAAGCCAUUUUCUCUAUGGCUGCCCCAGAAUACCUGGGAAUGGUGGCAGGAGAGGCAGAGAACCCAAGAAAGACCAUGGUGACGGCAUUCAAGACCAUCGUGUUCAGAUUGCUGUUCUUCUUCGUCGGAGGUGCUUUGUGUGUUGGUAUUGUUCUGAAUCACAACGAUCCAAAGCUUGCUAACGCUGUUGCUGAGGGAGCUUCGGGAGCCAACGUUUCCCCGUAUGUUAUCUCGAUGCAAAACAUGAGUAUCAAAGUGCUGCCAGACAUUGUGAACGUUUUGUGUAUGCUGUCUUCCUUCUCUGCAGGAAACUCUUACAUGUACUGCGGUACCAGAUCUCUUUUUGCUCUGGCUAAGAGACGGCUGUCUUUGAAAAUCUUCACUUACACAACCCGUGACGGUGUGCCAUUUGUGUGUCUUGUUGUUUCCACUGCCUUCGCUUGUUUGUCGCUGUUGGAGCUUGAUGGUAGAGGAUCUACUGUGCUUAAUUGGUUGAUCAACCUCACCACUGGAUCUCAGCUCAUCAACUACUUCUACAUGAUGAUUGUUUAUCUCGGAUUCUACAGAGCAUGCAAGGCCCAAGGACUGGACAGAAGUACUCUGCCACUGCAAAGCAUUUUGACCAAAUGGCAGCCAUAUCCUGCAAUCUACGGUGCUGUUUGCAUGUUCAUUGUGAUAGCUUUCUUGGGUGUUUUCGCUUUCGUUCCGGAGUUCAACAUUGACUCCUUCCUGUACUACUACCUGAUUCUGUUCCUGAAUAUCGUGAUUCUUGUUGGAUGGAAGCUUAUCAUGAAAUCCAAGAUGGUUGACCCAGCUACUGCUGAUUUGACCUCUGGUUUGGAAGAGAUCGAGGAACACGAGGCCGAAUACUAUGAGAAGAUGCAGAAUAUGAGAUUCAAGCCAGAUUCUAAAUUUGGAAAGGUUAUGGCUUGGCUAUUAUAA